AUGCUGCUGGCCUUGAGUACAAGCACACUGGGUAACUUUGAUGCUGACACGUUGGACAAGGAUGAAAACCAAGUUAAGACACGGUCUCUAGACGAGGACCAGGAUGAAGACCAUGGCGAGAACCACAGAUUUGAGGGUGGCAUGAUUGAUAAAUUCAAGAAUUGGGCCAGGAAUAAGGCCAAGAAGUUUUUGAUGAAAAUAAUCAAUACGAAGCUCGAAUUGGAUGGAUACAAUCUCAGUGAUGAGCUCAAGGAGAAGUUAAUCGAGGAAAUUUUGACAGCUGUGAGUAGAAGUAACCCUAGAUGCCUUAUAUGUGUGUACUUGGGGAAGGAUGGUAGUGGCUCUCUGAAGCACCACAACAUAUUCAACAAUGAUUUUUGUCCUGAAGCCAAAGAGAUAAGAUUGUUAUGGCAGAAAGGAGUCUGGGUUGUAUCCAAAGUUAGUUAUACUCAGAACAGACCCGCUGAAAUUAAUUGUCAUUAAUUAUUUUGCACCAGUGAUUCCAGUGGGUCUACUCUGAAGAAAACUAUAUAUAAACGCAUGUGCGCACACGUGCACACACACAUAUAAGUACACAUAGAAGUGACCUAGGUUUUGCAAAAGAGAGAGGAGGGGAGAGAGGAGGGGCAGAAGGCAAGGGAGGCCAACAGUAGAGGGAAACAAUGGCAGGCAGAGCCCAUCCUGCACCCUGCUGAGCAUGGGAAAAUGAUGUUGCAGCCAAAUAUAAAAUUUCAUUUUUCCUAGAUGACUAAGGGUUAGUAAAAAAUUCCUAGAGAGAACUCUCUGAGGUCAUUUCACUCUGUUUGCUUUGGAGGGGAUUUCUUGCAAAGCAGAUUAUCCUAUGUACUUUCUUCCUGCCUGAGCACCUUCCUGACGAGCAGAUAGGAUGCAUAUCUUUUGCUCUCCUGAGCAAGAAGGUCUAUUUUGAUCUUCAACAAUGUGUUUUGCAAUUUAGUAACUAGUUUUUGCCUGUCUUGAUUUACACUAUUGUUUCUGCUGAACCUUGCACAAGGCUAUGUAAGUAAACAUUUUUUUAUAUGCUUACAGUUCAGUCAGCUGUGUCUGAACUUUCUGUCUAGAGGGAUUACAAAGCAGUGAAAUCCACAAAUGAUCCAGUCUGCUAACACAUCCUCAAUAAUUAUAGAAAGCUACGUCGCUUUCGUCCCAGAAAUGUCCAUUCUGUGCUGCAAAGGAUGGUGACUUUUAACUCUGUUGAAUCUAUAUAAGAAUUGUCACACACAUGAGCCAAAGGAAGGAAAAUCACUAAAUAAUACAUCCUCCCCGACACUCCAAAUCCAUCUAACACUAAGUUCUAUGGGGACAAAAUCUCAGUGGGAGAAGGCUUAAAGACUGUGCCACAACUCCUUGGGUUGUGUAUGUGGCUGGUGCUCAUUGUGACUAAUGGAGCAGAAGGCAGGAAGGCCAACAGAAAGUGGAGCCAGAGCCAAUACAUGCAGAGCCCACCCUACCCCCUGCAAAAUCUUGGUAGGUAGGGGGGUUGUAGUUAAGAAGCUGGCAGAUGGGGAUGGCUGAUGGUAGACAAAGGUUAUGGGGAAAUGCUUUGUGCUGCUGCAUUAGCCUCUCCUGAUUUGCUUACAGCAUUGGAUACAGCCCCUUGAGAACUAUUCUUGACCUAAAAAACUGACCUUCCCAAUGCAAUUUUAAAGGGCUUCAGGGGAUGGGAUCUCUAGCAGGCAAGUCAAUGUCAGAAGGAUUCAAAAGCCACUGUUGUAGUUGUUAGGCCUUCAUCUCCCUUCUUUCUACAAACAGUUGAAGGAUAUCUGGAAGAAUCCUAACAAGCGUAUUGCAGAGAACGUUGCUGAAAUCUACCGGAAGUAUGUGAGUGGUAUGGUCACUACUGGUCCAGCAGCAGAAAAGCCUGUGGAAUCAGGCAAUCCUUAG